AUGGCCGCGGAAGAGGACGAGGAUGACUAUAUGUCCAUGGUUAUUGAAGAACCACAACAGAAGGAAACGUUUACGCAGAAGAAGCGCAGGCUUCAGCGGGAGGCCGAAGCCCGCGCAAAAGUCCCCUCCAAAGCCGAACGCGCCGCCCAGGAAGCCGCCAAACGUGAUGCAGCUCUGGCGACCAGCACACUCAACCCCACCAACAAGGGCUUCCAGAUGAUGGCAAAGUUAGGGUUCAAACCAGGCCAAACAUUAGGGAAGCCCGCAGAGGAGAAAGAGAAAAGUGUUACCAAUGCGCACUCGCGCGCGGAGCCUUUGAACCUGAUCUUCAAGGAAGACCGUGGCGGGAUCGGACUGGAUAGUGAGCGCAAGCGCAAAUUUCGGGAAGAAGCCGAGGAGGCCGCGAAGAAGGUCAAAGCCGAAGAGGGAGACUAUCGGGACCGUGUGCGACUCGAGCGCGAGACGAAGCGCACAGAAGCGCAAAUCCAUGCAGCACAAAAGGUCGCCGAGCGAUUAGACGCGGAUGAGAAUGGUGAAGCAAGUCUGUUCUCUUUCAGCUAUGCUGAAGAUAACGGUAAUGAUGGCGACCAAAAGAAAGAGCAGGAUAUUGAUGCUGAAGAAGCCCCCAAGGCCAAAGUAAAGGUAAAGCCAACUUCUCAAAUUAACGUCUUAUAUCGCGGGCUUGUGCGUGAGCGCGAAGAGAACGAACGCGCCACCCAGACCAGGCAUCUACUGCAGACAUCUCUACCGACAUCUUUCUUUCCAAAUCCGCGGCUACCGGGCUAUGACGACGCGACUUUAGAUCGUGAAGACCACGAAGCACUCGGAGGCGGACGCGAUCUAUCAACUGUUCUCGAGCAAGAGCUGGAGGAAGAAGACCCAGAAUUAGAUGAGUUCAACGUCCUCGAGCCGGCUGAUCGGUUAUCACGGUUGGUUCAAUACCUCCGCAAAAAGCAUCACUACUGCUUUUGGUGCAAAUAUCGUUACGAUACUGCCGAGAUGGAGGGUUGCCCCGGUGUAACCGAGGAAGACCACGACUGA